CGUUCAGCUUCAGCAGCAAUGGCGUUCGUCAAGGUACUUUCGGCGAUGCUUGUGGCCGUGCUGGCGGCAGGAGUGCGGGCACAGGACGCGUACGGAGCGCCCCCGCAGCAGCCGCAGGCGUACCCUGGGGGCGCGGGGGUGGCCGCCGCGCUGGCCGGGCAGUACCAGGGGCAGGGCCAGGGGCAGGACCAGCCGGGCGCGCCGCAGCCGUACAGCUUCCACUACGAGGUGAAGGACCCGCCCAGCGGCAACGACUACAGCCACCAGGAGAGCAGCGACGGGCAGUCUGUGACUGGCCAGUACGAGGUGCUGCUGCCCGACGGCCGCCACCAGAUGGUGCGCUACUCGGCCAACGACGCCACGGGCUACGUGGCCGACGUGCAGUACUCCGGGGGCGGCGACUCGGCGCCCGCCUACUCCGGCCAGCAGCCGCAGUACAGCGCGGACGCGGGGGCGGCCUACCCCGGCCAAGGGCAGCAGCAGCAGCAGCAGCCGCAGUACGGCUCAGACGCCUACCCCGCCCAACAGCCGCAGCAGUACGGCUUCCGCAAGUAGGCCCGGCCGACUGGAACGACGCGGAAAGUAGCCCGGCUGCAAGAAUACUCUACGGUCACGGAAACCGGCUGCUCAAUCACUGUCCUCUCCUGCUCAUUCUAUGUGUGUGUUUUAGUCAGUAGCCACGUGUAAAUACGAACAGCUGUUCAUGAAUUUUGUACAAUGUGUGAUCGCUUUAUGUGUGCUCGUAGCUUGUAGACGCGCAUUUGUUUGUAUGUUUUUUUAUACUUUUGUACU